GGUGCUGGACCCCACGAACAUGGGCUCCGCCGUGCCGCUGAGGUCCACGGCGCGCCUGGGCCCACCCUCGCCGGCGUACGCGUGUGCCAUGCUGGGCCCCUCGCCGCCCGCGCUGGAUCUCGUCAGGCCUGGCAGCGCCGCACCGCCGCGCAGCCCCACGCGCCCGGGCAGCCCGACGCCUGCGUCUGGCGCCAUGACGCCGGGCAGCCCCGCGCCCGCGCUGGACCCCCUUCGCUCUGGCAGCGCAGCCUCGCCGCGGAGCCCCGUCAGGUGCGGACCGACGGCGCCUGUCUACGGCCUGUCCCGCCCAGGAGCGGCCACGCCGCCGCCCGACCCCGUGCACACCGGCCCGACGCUGCCUCCGAGGAGCCCGCUCCGCCCUGGGCCGAGCACUCCGCUGUAUGGCAUGUCCCGCCCCGGCAGCCCCCCGUCCGUGAUGGACUUCGCGCACCCAGGGCUGCCGGCCUCCUCGCGGAGCUCCAUCCGCCCGGGCCCCGCGCCGCCCCCGUACGGCAUGUCUCGCCUGGGCAGCCCGCCUCCCGCGCUGGACCACGUGCACCCUGGCAGCCAGACCUCGGCGAGGCACCUGGCGAGGUUCGGCCCCUCGAUCGAGCUUUAUGGCGUGCAGACCAUGGCGAGUUCGGUGCCAGCAUUGGACCUCAUGUCGCUGGGCAGCGCCACACCAGCGAGGAGCCCCGUCCGCCCCGGCAGCACCACGCCCACCUCCGGCAUGACCGCUCCCGGACCGCCGCCGCCCACCUCGGACCCCGUCAACUCGGGCUCGACCACGCCCUCGAGGUCACCGAUGCGGACAGGCCCCUUGGCGCUGACCUACGGCCUGUCACGUUCGGGUGCCGCACCCUUGCUGAUGGACUACCAGAGCCCAGGGCCGCCGCCUCCUCCGAGGAGCACCGCUCGCUUGGGCGCGUCGACCCCCGCGUACGGGGCGAUCCGCCCCGGACCCCCGCCGCCGGCGCCUGACUCGAUCAACCUGGGAUCCAUGGCGCCACCCCGCAGCCCCUUGAGGCCGGGCAGCCCCACGCCGACCUAUGGCUUGGCCCAUCCGGGGCCGCCGCCGCCGGUGCUCGACCUCGCCACGCCGGGCCCGCCCACCCCACCCAGGAGCCUGGCGCGCUGCGGGGCGCCCAUGCCAGCCUACGGACCGUCGCGCCCUGGCCUCCCGCUGCCUUCGCUGGACCCCGUGAGCCUGGGGCCCAGCCCGCCGCCGCGGGGCCCCUUCCGCUCGGGGCCUGCGCCGCCCGCCUCUGGCACGACCCGCCUGGGCCUGCCAGUGUCGGCUCCGGACCCCGUGAGUCUGGGGCCCCCGCUGCCGCUGCGGAGUCGCAUGUGCACGGGCAGCCCCACGCCCGCCUCUGGGAUGGCACGCCUGGGGCCUCCGCCCCCCACACCAGACCUCCUGCAGCUCGGCCCGACGCUCCUGCUGCGCAGCCCUUGCCGGCCUGGGCCGCCGACGCCCGUCUACGGCCUGGCCAAGCCUGGCCCGCCGCCACCAGCGCUGGACCCCACCAGCGCAGGCCUUUCCGCUUCGCCUCGCAGCCCACUCCGCCUGGGCCCCUGUCCGCCAGCCUCUGGCCCGACGAGGCCAGGUCCGCCCACGCCCGCUCUCGACCCCCUGCGCCUUGGGCCGACCCCGCCGCCCCGCAGCUUCGUGCGCCUGGGUGCCUCGACGCCGCCCUACGGAUGCUCGCGCCCGGGUCUCUCCCUGCCUGCGGCGGACUCUCUGCAUCCAGGGCCGCCGUUCCCCCUGCGCAGCUCGGCACGACUCGGAGCCAGCUUGCCAGUCUGGGGCCUGUCGAUGCCGGGGCCGUCCUCGUUGGCGCCAGAUUACGCGAGCCCCGGACCAACGCUGCUACCGCAGAGUCUGGUGCGCACGGGCCCACCUCUGCCGACAUACGGCAUGUCCCGCCCGGGGAGCCCGCCUCUGGCGUCUGACCUCGCCCACCCUGGGAGCUCGCCCUCGGCCAACGAGUUCGUUCGGCCAGGGGACACGACGCCGCCCUCCGGCUUGUCGAGGCCAGGCAGCGCCACAUCGGCCCCGGACCACGUCACGCCUGGCAGCCCGCCGCCCCCGCGCAGCCCCGCUCGCACGGGCCUCCCCCCGCCCACCUACGGCCUGAGCCGGCCAGGCCCGCCGCCGCCAGCGCCCGACACGAUCGGGCCAGGGUCGGCCUCGUCUCCGAGGGGCCCGGCCCGGCCCGGCCCACCCCCGCCAGCCUCUGGCACGUCGCGCCUCGGGCCGCCGCCGCCGGCCCCAGACCCC